GCUGGGGGCCGCCGGAGCCGGGAGCGCGGCCUGCAACCUGCUCCCUGCUAGUCCGCUCCGGGGUUGGGUUGCAAGGCGGGGUGGUGCGCAGCGGGGAGGGGGCGGAGUUGCUCCGGAACACGCGUCAGGCAGGCUCGCAAUCUGCGUUCCCACGUUACUUUGCUAACACUCUGUGGCGGCGGUGUUUUUAUCCAGAUCUUUCUCCUUCUCUGCCUGCUUCGUGAGCAAAGCGCCGGGCCUCGGCUUGAAACCCUUUAGGAGCGCCCUGCCCGCCCCCUCCAGCCCAGCCGCCUGCCCGCAAUGUCCGGCCGAGGGAAGUCCGGCGGCAAAGCGCGCGCCAAAGCUAAGUCCCGCUCGUCCCGCGCCGGCCUGCAGUUCCCGGUGGGCCGCGUGCACCGGCUGCUGCGGAAAGGCAACUACGCCGAGCGGGUGGGUGCCGGGGCGCCCGUGUACCUGGCGGCCGUGCUGGAGUACCUGUCGGCCGAGAUCCUGGAGCUGGCCGGCAACGCGGCGCGGGACAACAAGAAGACCCGCAUCAUCCCGCGGCACCUGCAGCUGGCCAUCCGCAACGACGAGGAGCUCAACAAGCUGCUGGGCGGGGUGACCAUCGCCCAGGGCGGGGUCCUGCCCAACAUCCAGGCCGUGCUGUUGCCCAAGAAGACCCAGAGCUCCAAGAAAUGAGCCCGGCCCUGUUUCCGAUGGGGAACAACAAAGAGUGAUGUGUCCCCACCACCCCACCCGCAGGAUCCGACCCAGCGGGCACCGGACAUUUUCUCCCUUUUCUCUCUGCUUCACUUGGAGCAGCCAACGCCGGGCAGAUCUCUUCCUCUCCGCCUCCUCUGCCUUGGCGCAGCCAUCGCUGGGCCGCCUCUGCGCCUCCUCUCCUCGCUCUGGUCCUCCCUGCCCGCCUGGCGCUUCCCUCUCACCCUCGCCAGCCCUCUUUCCUUCCAAUGAUGUGCACCUCGCUUGGCACUCCUGCCCUCUUUCAGUUCCAGGGAUUGGUGUGGGAAGAGCAGGCUUAAAUCAUUUUUCUGUGUCCCGAGAAGGGCACGUGCUGCGGGCCUGGUGGCUGCCACCUAGUGCCCUGCAGAUUGAUUUCUGUAUUUUUUCUCCCUCCAUCUCUCUCUUCUCAUUCUCCCUCCCAUCCCCAUGAUUUAUCCCCUAAUCUACUACCCUGAAGCUGCUUAUACCUGCAGCAUCUGUGCAAUUAGCUUUUCUUUUCCCUCCCUCUCCCUCCCUUAAAGCCACUAUUAAUUUUUCCGGAAAGGGGAUUUGGAAAGAAAGGACAGUUUUGGAUCUAGAAGAAUGAUUUGUGCAUCUUGUUUUUCUUGAAUUGUGACUAACUGGAAGAACGGAAGUCAUGAAGCAAGGUGGAAGCUGCAAGCCUGCCCUAGGAAGGCAAGCGACUUUUGCUUGGUAGCGUGUCACCAUUUGUGACCAUGGAGGCUUUCUGCACCUUGUCUGUGCACCUGUCAGGGAGGGAGGAUGAAGGGAGAGCCUCUCCAUUCAUUACUGUUCUGCACAAAUAUUCCGUCUACUCUCUUAAAACUGCUCUGUCGCGGAGCUCAAUACAGUGAUGGAUCUAUCUACCUGUUGUUGCUGCAUAUCCCCAUUCAAUGUGAUCACAAACUUAAUAAAACGUUGGAGGGGGGAGGGGAGAAAAGGAAGCUGCCAGAAAAAAUCGUAAUGUGAAAAGAGCCACUUCUCUUGUUGAGAGAAAUAUUCAUCUCUUCAAGUGCUAAGCUUUUUUUCUCCCCUUUCCUUGUUUGCUUUAUGAUGAGGUAUUGCGUCACUGUAUUUGUACUCCAUUCCUAAUUGUGUGCUCGUGUUAAAUUUUGAUUUUAUUGUUGUUGCAAACCUUUUUUAAAGAAGGGGGGA